AUGGCUCCCAUCGAGUUGCAGGGCCGGGCCUUGAUCCUGACUGUCAGUGUUCUGACAUCGUUGGGCUUCAUGUUGAUCGGUUACGACAAUGGAUUGAUGGGAGGUCUUGUCAACACGCCCUCUUUCAACAAUAGUUUUGAUAGUCCAAGCCCAGACAUGGUUGGAGUGAUUGUCGCAAUCUUUGAAAUUGGUUGCUUUUUUGGGGCCAUUUGGGCAGCUGUCUGGGGCGAGAGACUCGGUCGGCGUCGGACCAUCUUCCUCGGUUGCAUCGUGAUGACUGCCGGCGCGGUGCUCCAAUCAGCCUCUUAUGGACGUGCCCAACUCAUCGCUGGGCGAAUCGUGUCUGGCCUCGGCCUAGGUGUAGUCAACUCUACAGUCCCCGUGCUUCAAGCAGAAUUCAGCCCCAAAACAAGCCGAGGCAUUUUUGUGUGCGCCCAACUGUCGACCCUCAAUCUGGGUAUCUGCCUUGUCUACUGGAUCGAUUAUGCUUUCUCUUCUCACCAUGGGAGCUAUGCCUGGAGAGUCCCGGUUAUCCUGCAAUGCGUACCAAUUCUCAUUAUGAUGGCUAUCUUGACUAUCAUUCCGGAGACUCCGAGAUGGCUUGCUGCUCAUGAUCGGCCUGAUGACUGCCUUGCAACUCUGGCGCGUAUCAACGCUGUUUCGAUCGACGACCCCGAAGUUCGCCGCCUACACGCUAAUAUUACCCACACAGUCGCUUAUGAAGCUUCAAUUGGCUCUGGGUCUUGGAAGGACCUCCUUAAAAACGAUAGCAUCAAGUCCCAGAGGCGCCUCAUCUUGGCCUGUGCUAUCCAGAGUUUCCAGCAAUUGGGAGGCAUCAACGCAGUUAUCUACUACGCGAGCACCCUUUUUGAGCGGAGUAUUGGUUUCUCUACUCGUAUGUCGGCACUCAUGUCUGGGUUUCUGCAGACCUGGUUCUUUGUUGCUUCAUUCAUUCCCUGGUUCCUGAUUGAUCGCGUCGGAAGAAGGCCGUUGCUGCUCUCCAUGAUCAGUCUCAUGGCUGCCGCUAUGGCAGUUCAGGCUGCUUUAAUUUAUCAGGUUGAAAAUGAUGGGACUAUUGCACACGGUGCAGGUAUCGGCGCGGCCGCCAUGCUUUUCGUGUUUCAAGGCGCCUUCACCAUCGGUUUCCAGGCCACUGUCUGGGUGUAUCCGUCUGAAGUGUUACCACUUCGUUUGCGCCAGCGCGGUUCGUCUAUCUCUACGGCAGCCAACUGGAUAUUCAACUAUAUGAUUGUACAAAUUACACCUAUCUCGAUUGACAACAUUGGCUGGAGGACAUAUAUCAUUUUUGCCGUUCUCAACACUCUCUGGGUACCCCUCAUCUAUCUCUUUUUCCCCGAAACUAAAGGUCUCGAACUGGAAGAUGUCGAUCGUCUGUUUGCGGUGGAGCACGCACGCGAUAUUCUGGAUGACAAGCCGAGCGUCGUUACAAUGGUCGAGAAGUGUGAUUCUAAACUGAAGGAGUGA